AUGGCACGCGCAGUCAACGCUGAAGCUUCUUCUUCCCGUCAAGCAGCCCGCGAGUCGCCGGAAGCGGAAGGAGGUUCGGACGAUGUGAGACGGACCAAGCCCGCGCUUGGGGAGAUGGAGGUGGAUGACGAGUGGAACGAGUGGACGGUCAAGACGUACAAGUCGCAGGCGCUGAAGAGGGAUGUUGCGAGUGAUGGUGUACUUACUAGAAUCGCUGAUGGACUUCGGGCCAUGGAGACCAGCAUCACGGACUCCAUGUCCAAAGUCAUCGAUACUGCGGUAGCUGUGGAGGGGAACAAUCCAGAUGAUGAGAUGGCCGAAGAGCUCGCCAAAUCCCUUUGCAGGUCUAUCGAAGUCAAGGCGGUCUUGGAGGUCAAGUACCAAGUCAUCAAGGACAUCCUCAGGAGGAUGAGAGCCGGGGAGGAGAUUGAAGAGAUUGUUGCGCUGUACGAAAAGGAAGCAGCGGACAAGACUGAAGAGUACAUGAAGAAGACACCCCGACAGAAGUUUGUCAAGGACGAUCAAUACAGCCAAUUCAGGAGUGAAGUUUGGAACGUCAACCACGGAUCCGAAGCCUGCCCACCCAUGUCGCACUGGCUCGACAAGACCGAUGGGGACGCUUCGGACAGCGACGAUGAGGUCGAGGUUGGGCCGACGAUGCAAAACUUCAAGUGUGCCAUAACGCAUUCGGCCAUCGUGGACGCCAUGGUCAAUCCCGCCUGCAAACACCAUUAUUCGAAAAUCAACAUCUACCAGCUGUUCGAGCAGCAAGACGGGCGAAACAAGAAGGCGGCGAUCAAGUGCCCGUCGGUCGGUUGUGGUCAAAAGGUCCAGUUCAACGCGCUGCAGCCCGAUAAGCAGUUUCAGCAGCGGGCGGACCAGUACUUCCGGAAACAGCAGGAAACGGCCGAUCAGGAUGUCGAGGACUUUGAGGAGGACUGA